AUGGAUAGUGUCCGACGGAAGGGUGCAUACCCAAUUAAAGAAUCUACAUAUGAAUGUUUCAAUGAGUGUAACUCAGCUCUUUGUGGCUGGGAUGGAAGAUGGUGUUGGCCGGGAACAUGUUCCAGUAAUUACGAGAAAAACUGUAGUUGUGAGAGGGAUUUCCGUAAACAGAAAGAUGGGUCGAAAACAAUGUGCCAACACUAUAAACGCUUUGAAAGAGAGCACUUCUACCAUGGAAGCCCAGAGUGUGAUAAUGCAGUUUCCGACAAGCAGCCUAGGCAAACCACAUCAUGUACUGGUACAAUCGUACCUGGACAAACGCUUAGAAAUGGUGAAAGCAUAUGUAUUAAUUUCGUUCCAUACGCUGGCGGUUUCCUAAAUACGGAAGAAGGUUUAACAGAAAUUUACAAACGCACAAAUACCAAUCGUGAAUUAUGCUUUAUGUACGAUGAUCAUGCACCUGAACACUGCAAGGGAAGUAUUUCUUGCCGGAACAGCAUGUUACAUUUAAGUCACCAUGUCACAAACAACCCACUGAUUGACGUAACAUUUUCAUCGUGGCAUGAUCCUACACCGCCUGGAGGUAGUAGCAAUAAAGCAUCGGGCAUUAAGCAGUUUGUUGUCAGUGUACUUCGGGUAGAGGGACUGGAUAAAACAACAAUGGUGAUGAAAUAUCCUGGAAUCUCGACAAAAAACGUGCUAGCUUCAGGUACACACACAAGCUUCAAACUUCAAGUUGAACCAGCAUUAUACGCAGUGCUGUUAGAAGUUCAUGAUAUUGCUGGGAACGUUAGAAUGUCAAGGAGAUUUGUACUUUACGACCAGUCGUCUACUGUUGCCAUUUUACCGCAAAAGCAUUUACAGUCGCUAACAGCAUCAAGUAAAACUAAUUAUACCUGGCAAGUAAAUCAUGGACUAACUUGCUUUAACUGGACAGGCCGCUAUUACAACACGUACCAUGUCAACAUAAAUUUACUUAGAAGAAUUAAAUCUGAAGGCAAUAUUUCCAGCAGCUAUGAUCAAACCGAAGGUCUCAUUCCUGUAUCAGGUACGCCAAACAUUGACGGAAUCGUACGAUUUGAUUACACAUGGAAACUUAAAAAUGGUACAUACAAGGCGUAUUCAACUGUUUCUGAUAUCUCAACUCAGUCUUUCUGUGAGAACCUUACACCACUGGACGGACAAACCUACAAAUUUAAAAUCAAACCAAUUGACAUCAAUUCUCGUUACCUGGAAGAAACCACAGUUGUUCAUAUCGAUCGUAGUCCACCUAGUAUUGACAAUAUAUGGGUUUUGAAAGAAGGAUACAAGCAACUAUUUGUCCACAAUUCUUCUGACCUUUCCAAAAUGUCACUGCAGUUUGAAGCUCUCGAUCUCCACAGCGGACUUUACAGUAUUUAUUGGAAACUUGGAACAAGUGAUGGUUCCAAUGACAUAGGUGAAGGGUCACUCGCCGUUAAUAGAAUAAACGGAACAUGUGCGAAAGACGCAUGCUACUGUCCAAAAAUAGGGGUCUGUGAACACUAUUUGUAUACAGUUGGUUUAAACAAACUUGUUGAUAAAAGAACAAACAAAGGUCAACACAACAGGAACUACUAUUUUACCAUUAUUGCUACCAAUAAUGCAAAACUAGUCAACAUAGAGCAUUUAGAUGUCCUUACAGAUGAUUCGCCCCCCGAGGAAGGCGUAAUUCAGGAAGGAGUUGCUGGAUCUCCUGACGUUGACUAUACAAGUGAAAACGAAAUUAUAAUCAACUGGCACGGAUAUAUUGAUCACGAAAGCGGGAUAAAAUUUUACAGAGUUGGUUUGUCUGAUAGGUGCUUGUCUAGAAAAGAACUGGAUCAACUGAACAAGACCUUAAACAACACACAGAUAAUUGAGACAAGUAGAAACUCGGAAAAAUUCCGAGUAGAUACGGAUGGAUAUUACAUUUCGUCUAUUGUUGCGUACAACAAUGCCAUGGAGCCAUCAAAAGUAGUUUGCUCUGACGGGUUAAGGAAAGACUCAACGGCGCCAUUGAUAGUAAAUGUAACUUUAAAACAUAGCAAGGCUAUGGAAUUGUUUGCGUGUGAUUCUUCAGGGCCCUGGCAUGUGAGAUCAGACCUUACUCGAGUUGCGCUUAUUCCGACAGAUAUAUGCAUGAGACGCUGUAUUUCAAGUACAUUUGAAUAUCUACAAAAUCUUCCUGAAGCUAAGGUCAAUUCAUAUGAUAAAGAUGUUGCAGACUAUCUCUGUACUAAUCUACCAAAUGAAGUAGAGAACUGGUAUAUCUAUAUCCCAUCCAGUAACAUAGAUAUAUCGUGGAAAUCUCUGGACAAUGACAGUCAGAUAAGACGCGAGGAGGUAGGCUUUGCAUCGGAUCCGUCGUCAAUUAUUUCCCCAGAUAUUGAGGUCUACAGAGAAACUCAUGGUCACUCACGAUACCAUAACGUGCAUGAAGGAAUAGACAGUGAAUAUCCCUUUUUUAUAAUUAUACGGACGACUAACAAGGCUGGAAUGGAAAAGGCACUUGCUUUAGGCCCUAUAGUUAUAGAUGAUACCCCGCCAAUAAACCAAAGAGGAUUACACGUGCACUUGGAAAAGAAUGAUGAUAAAAUAUAUUGCUCGUGGGACAACAAUACUUUUAUCGACCCCGAACAAAAGCAUGCUGUAGACUACGUUCUUUAUAAAAUAGGUGCUGAUGAUAAGUUCUUCACGCCACUCCUGCAACUCCCACCGGAGGAAAAGUGCAUCCGCAAAGAUUUGAUGUAUUGUGUACACUAUCCUAUUAGUAAACUUCAAAGACAGGACGAGGAAAAGAGUUUACAGUUUUUCUUUGAACUUUACGUGUACAACAUGGCGGGCCACUUCACGACUCUUCGAUCAUCUACCUUUGAACUACCUUCUCAAUUCCCCCCUGGAAAUGGACAUGUAUUUGAUAUUGAUCCGGCCUUAAUUCAUCUAUCAUCUUCAGAAACUGAUAGCCGAUUUCAAGACGUUGAUGUUCACGUCAGUGUUGGAACAAUUUGUUUUAUGUGGACAGGUUUUAAUCAUCAUAAAAAUGUUAUUUUUCACAUGGGGGUGGGAACAAAAUCAUUGUCUGAUGAUAUCAUACAAUUUAAGGCAGCAGGAAAUACAGAACAAUAUAAAUGCCUCCAUUCCAGCUUGCUACAAAGUAAUAUGAAAUAUUUUGUAACCAUUAAUGCGACAUGCUCUGCUGGAUCUAGAAUAGUUUCUUCUGAUGGCGUUUAUAUCAUGGACGAAAAAUAUAUUGACGAUUUCAUCUCUGUUGACGUUGGUAUUAGCUGUGAUACAGUUCGUCGUAUCAAUUUAGAAAGGCAUGAGAAUGAAAACAGUACAAAUGUUACUUUCGUUUCGCACGCGCCCCUAGCAGUAGGUCAUGGAUACACCAUUGAAUCUGAAUCAGCAAUACCGCUUGAUGAAAUAAUCAUAUCGGACGAUGUAUUAUGGGUAGACAAGCCACGUGUCACAGACGGGAAAUUUCGUAGCCGUUUCGUGGCAUUUAGUCAGACUGUAUCACUUACAGUCUCAACUCGUAAAGACUCUGAAAAUUCUCUGUUCAAUAUGACCCUUUUAGAUUGCUUUGAAAAUAUAACAACAACAUCGACAGUAGACUCAGGUUACGUAUCUUUGGCGCUGCAUGAAAAUAUAUCUAAUUUAAUUACCGAAUACAAAGCAUCAGUGUUCCAAGACGACUGCACUAAUGAUACUGAACCAAGAACUUCUUGCCUCGUGCAACAUUCAGAAACUCUUGUAUCGGGUACCGAACGCGUAUUCAAGUUAACAAAUCUAACUUUGCUAGAUAGUAUGGUCUAUCGUAUUGGGGUCAGUAUUUGCUUUAGGCAUAUUUGCCUGCAGUCGGUAUUCUCCUCGCAAUUUUUUGUUCAGUCAAUGCCGCCAACAACCAAUCAAAUAAAUGCAUCAGCAACUCAAGGAAACGAAACAUGUUUGGAUGUUGACCUAGAGUGGACGAAAUUUAAUUGUAUCGGGACAUUGCCAUUUUCAGAAAAGUAUGAAUGGAGUUUAAGACUUAGUGCUAAUUCAGACGGAAAGCUGACAAGAUGGGAGCAAGUCCAUUUAGACGAUCGCACCGAGGUGACAAAUGUGAAA